UCAAAAUUGAAAGCGGAUGAUUUGUGUGCGGCUGUCAUCGUUUCUGACCUCGAGUUUGGGGCAAAACCAUACAUACUGAUGUAACAUGACUAUUGAGUUGUGUGUGUAGUUCAUACUCCAUCAAUUUUGGGUGGUUGACAUUUACAAAAAGGCAGUUUUUUUUGCGUGUGGAAAAUGUCACUUUCGUUAAAAAUCUGAGAAAUAGCCGUGUACUACCCUUAAAUGGCUGGUAAACUUAAUGGGCCACCGAGUGGUCCUCCCAGAGUCCCAACAGAGGAGGAGCUGAGUCGAUUAUCUCGUGACGAGCUGAUUCGUCGAUUGCGAUGGACUGACGGGGACCGGUUGCGCCGAAUAGCAGAACACAGCAACAUUAUGAAGGACGUCAACCGUCGCAUGCAGGCCCUGAAGAAUGAACCUAGUGGUGGGUCAGGAGAUAACAACAAUCCAAAACUUCAGAGCGACAACCAGGAACUGCGCGAUCUUUGCUGCUUUCUGGAUGAUGACCGACAGAAGGGGCGUAACCUCGCCCAGGAGUGGCAGCGAUUUGGCCGCUACUCAGCCAGUGUGAUGCAAACCGAAGUGAGUGGAUACCAGGAAAAACUUAAAGAGCUUGAGGCACGGCAGCAGCAUUUAAUGAGGGAGAAUCUGGAGUUGAAAGAGCUGUGUUAUCUUUUGGAUCAGGAACGAGGAGCGGAAAAGAGGAACUCUUUGUGUAGCCAAUGCAACACAUCAAUGAAUUUAGCUCCGAGGGCCCAGGGGGAUGGAAGCUACGAUAACGGUCCGUCAAGUCCUCAUGAAAUGAAACCAGAGAUACCUUACUCCUCCUCAGGAAAUCAAGAGGAGUUACUUGCGUAUGUACGACAGCUUGAAGACAGGUUACACACUCUGGAUUCAGACAAGAGGAAAGGGCCACAGGCCCCCCAUGGAUCUAGACAGUUCCAACCAGGACUGGAAAAUGGCGAGCCACACCUCGGAAAGCCAAAAGUACCUCAGAAGCCUGACUCAAUGGUCCAUGCGUUAAAGGUUCUAGAGGUUCAUGAGAAGUUGGACCAUGGGACGCCGAGUGGAAGUGAUACGGAGCACAUGAAUGAUAACCAUAAAGCUAUCGUCAGAGAAAUGUGUAAUGUUGUUUGGCGUAAACUUGGUGAUGAGCCUCACAGGCCGGGGAAUCAACCGCCUCCCAACAAAUCGGCACCUCCAAGGUACCCGGUAGGGUCUAUGGGGCCACCUGGAACACCUCCAAGAUAUGCUGGCAGUACUAGUAGCCUUGAGAGAAAAUAAAUCAAUCUGAUUGAUUGAAUGUCCUUGAACACCCCCAAGAUACGCUGGCAGUACUACCAGCCUCGAGAGAAAAUGAAUCUCGGAUUGAUUGUCAAGUCAGUAAGUUUUCAAAAUCGAUCAUGGAUCUUUUAGCUUGUUUCAUACACAAACUGUUCACAAUAGACCUUAUGCACAUGAUGUCAUUAAGUAGGGCGCCCUCACUUAGAGGUCAAAAGAAGGUCGUUCAUUGGACAAUCCCGAGCGCCGCGUGUACACAUCUGUGCAUUGCGAUUGUUAUGUCAUCAUUUUACCUCUAAGAUGGCGGCUGUUGAUGACGUCAAUGCAUAAGAUCUAGGGGGUUUCUGCAGUCAUUUUGAAGUGUAUGGUUUCGACUAAUGUCAGGUAUUCUUUACAAAGAAACUUUUUUCCAAGACAUCAUGGAAUCAGAUUACCAGGAAAAGCAAAAAUUUAUUCCAAUUUAUAUUAAUAUUUUACUUGUUCCAACAAAUGUAUUGCUUAGCAUAUUAAUUUAUGUGAAGAAGAACUGCCUAAUGUAUAUAUUCAGCAACUAAAUGAUCAGUCUUCUUUUCUUGAUCGUUGUAUAUUUUCUCUGUACCAUCAUUGUCAUCCAUGCCAAAUAAAAAGACUUUCUUAUUUUCUUCUUGAGGUAGCGACAAAGAAAAUUCUUAAACAGUCCUUAGUAGGUUUACGGUAAGAUAUUUUAGAAAUGAUGUUUAUUUUUGUGUAAGGAGAGACUUGUACAGCAGGUGGGGAAUUCUCCCAUUAUAUUAUGGUUACAUCAUGGAGGUAGAAAUACAUCUAAAGUAUUCCGCAGAGCAUUUCUAUAAGUUGUCACCCAAGCCUGAGUAGAAUACAGACAAAUAUAGCACUUCUGCGUCCCAUAUCCAACGAGGCGGAAGGCCGAGUUGGAUAUGGGACGCAGACGCGCUAUAUUAUUCUGUACUCCGUGAGCGCAAGUUUGAGUACGAAUCUGUCUUAUAGCCUAAUUAAGCCAAUGAGGUUAGGUUAUGUUUUUGGUUUUGCUUGCGCAGAAAUAGAAUUUUAUUUUUGCACUGGCCCUUUGCAGAGCAUGACGCUUUGACACUCACAAUACGCAGAAUGCAGUAUAAAAACUGGGAGUAGGUUAUAGCUUUUUAUAUCACACUCCGGUUCGAGCAUCUGAUUGGAGGAUUAGCGCGUACUGGAGAUACUAUAAGUUAUCACACAAGCGCGAGUGGAAUACG